AUGGGAUCGGGAUGUUGUUCUUAUGAUUCAACAACCAAAACCACUCUUCCCCGUAUCGGAUAUCUUCGAAUCGGUCAAAGUUUUUUCCGAUUACAGCCUAAAUUCAAUUGGGUUCCUCGUAAUCCCCGAAAUGGUGGCCUGCAAUCAUGUACUGAUCUUAAGGUUGUUUUUGGCUCAGUUGGUAGACAAAAGGGUUUUUGUUUUUUCAAAAAAGGGAGGACCUUUCUUCGGGUGUUUGAUGCUAUGGAUGAUGAUUCAGUAGGUGUUUCUUCAUUCCAUGACCACUGGGAAGAUACUGAAAGGAAUUCUGAAUAUGGGUUCUCAUCGAGUGAAGGUGAAGAUAGUGAUAGCGAUAUAGGUUUACAGCCAAUUACUGAUAUUGAGUUGCCAAUCAAAAAAGAACAGCAUUCGAAUUUCUAUACAGGUGAUGAUGACUCUGUGUCAAUGGCAGCUAACAGGUUUCGGUUUGCAAUGCUUGGAAACAGAGCCGCACAGCAGAAGAAGAAGAAAAGGAAGUCUUUUUUCGGAAUGAUGAACAACGUUGGACUCGUUACGUUUCUCACAUUGUUGUUUUCACUUGUGGAUUGGUGCGGAUGGAAGAUUGUUAGAUUGCCAUUGCCACCUUUCCACUUGUUGCGCCCUUUCGUGAUUUCGACGGCCACAGCAGGUUUUCUAGGCUAUGUUUGUGUUCCGCUUCUUCGGGUUUUGAAGAUUCAAUCGAUUAGGAAGGAAGGGUUAGUUGGAAAACACUCUAGAACCCCUACAAUGGCAGGGUUGUAUUUCAUUCCAACUGGUGUAGUUGUUGCGGAAUUUCUAGUUGGAUUUUCAUCUGCUGAGGUUUUUGGAGCAUCAGCUGUGACUCUGUCAUUUGCUGUUAUAGGCCUCAUUGAUGACUUGAGGAGUCUGAAAAAUGAUAAUACUCGUUGGGUAUCAUCUUCUUGGAUGGAAAUUUUGUUAGAGGUAGUUGUCACGGCUUGGUUCUUGUUUUGGUAUUACUCAACAGCGAAUAUAUCAUCACCCUACUGCAUGAAAUUGCUUGCUCCAUUACCGGCACCGGUUGGGAUUCUUUGCCUUGGAACAUUUUAUCCGAUUCUGGCUUCAUUUUGCUUCUUUUCUAUGGCGAGUGGAGUUAGGGUAACAGACGGGCUUGAUGGAUUGGCUGGAGGUAUCGCGGCAUUGGCAUUUACUGGGAUGUCGAUAGCUGUUCUUCCAAUAUGUUCUGAUCUAGCUGUCUUUGGUGCAUCUAUGGCUGGAGCCUGUGUAGGUUUCUUGUUUCAUAAUCGAUACAAAGCAUCUGUAUUGAUGGGUGACACUGGAGCAUUGGCCUUAGGUGGAGCACUUGCUGCCAUGGCUGCUUGUACAGGAAUGUUUUUUCCCUUGUUUAUUACGUCUGGAAUUUUUGUUCUUGAGACACUAUCAGUUAUAGUACAGGGUACUUUCUUCAAGACUAGGAAACAUCUGGUAAGAACUAACCGUCGGCCCUUUCAUCAGCACCUGGAAUUACGUGGAGUAAGAGCACCGGCCAUUGUUGCGGGUGCAUACCUUAUUUCAUCAGUUUUGGUUUUGGUUGCAGGUUAUGUAGGUCUCAUUUCGGCUUGA